GACAGCGCACUGGUGUCCAAUCUGCCGCCAUCAGCCUUCAGAAGCUCCUCACAGCUGUCCAGCAGCCAUGCGCCGGGUUUUGCCAAACUCAACAGGAGAGAAGGAGCUGGAGGUUGGUCUCCUCACACCUCAGACAGGUAUCAGUGGUUGGAGGUCGACCUGGGUGAGCGGACAAAGAUCACAGCUGUUGCUACGCAGGGUCGUUACGGCAGCUCCGAUUGGCUGACGUCCUACCUGCUGAUGUUCAGUGACACGGGACACAACUGGAAACAGUACAGGCAGGAGGACAGUAUAGGGUCUUUUCCAGGUAACAGUAAUGCAGACAGCGUUGUUCAGUACAAGCUGCAGCAGCCAGCCAUCGCUCGUUUCCUCCGCCUCAUUCCUCUGGACUGGAAUCCCAGCGGACGGAUAGGACUCCGACUGGAGACCUACGGAUGUCCUUACACCUCUGAUGUGGUGAGUUUGGACGGCGGCAGCAGAAGCAGUCUGGUGUACAGACUGAGUCCCGGACCGAAGCGGGCGUCCAGAGAGGUGGUCUCUCUGAAGUUUAAAACCCUGAGGAAUUGUGGGACAUUGCUGCAUGCAGAGGGACAAGCAGGACUCAGCCUCAGUCUGGAGCUGGAGAGAGGAAAGCUUCUGCUGCUGCUCAGACAAGGUAGGACUUCACCUUCCGAACCCCGGCGUCUCGCCUCCCUCGGCAGCCUGUUAGAUGAUCAGCACUGGCACCAUGUAGCAGUUGAGUGGCGCAGCUCUCACCUCAACCUCACUGUGGACAAAAACAUAAGAAGGGUUCAGAUUCCUGCAGAGUUCAACCAUUGGGAAAUUGAGCAGCUGAGUGUUGGGGCUGCUCACUCUCAGAAACCAGCCACGUCCAAGAGGAACUUCCAAGGCUGUCUGGAAAACCUGCUGUACAACGACCUCAACCUGAUUGAACUAGCGAAAAACAAAGACAACCAAGUUACUGUAAUGGGCAAUGUGACCUUUUCUUGUGCUGAGCCAGUUUCCGUUGCCGUGACGUUCCCAGGCCCCCUGAGCUUUCUCCAGUUGCCGGGGGCGACAGCGUCCGUCUCUGGGGUCGUGACCGUGGGGUUUCAGUUCAGGACAUGGAACAAGGCGGGGCUUCUGCUCACCUUUGACCUCGCUCAGAAAGGGGGCGUGGUCUGGCUGUACCUGAGUGAGGCCAGACUCCGCCUACAGAUCCAUAAAGCUGGCAGGGCGCUGCUGGAGCUCAGCACAGGUUCUGGUCUGAAUGACGGUCAGUGGCAUUCUGUAGAGCUGAACUCCAGACAAGGUCGUCUGACCAUCAGUGUGGAUAAAGAAGAAGGAGGCACCGCUCAUGCCAGCCCAUCAUUCCCUGUUGCCAUUGAACGUCACCUCUUCUUUGGUGGUUGUCCUGCUGAAGACGACAGGCAAGAAUGCAGAAACCCCUUUAACAUCUUUCAAGGGUGCAUGCGUCUCCUGACUCUGGACAACCGAAACGUAGACCUGAUCAUGGUGCAGCAAAAGCAGCUGGGAAACUAUAGCAACCUGCAGAUCGACAUGUGUGGAAUCAUCGACAGGUGUUCUCCCAAUCGUUGUGAACAUGGCGGCCGCUGCAGUCAGUCCUGGACCAUCUUCCACUGUAACUGCUCUGGCAGCGGCUACAGCGGAGCGACCUGCCACAGCUCUGUGUACGAACAGUCCUGCGAGGCGUACAAACACAACGGCAACGCGUCGGGACAUUUCUAUAUCGACGUGGAUGGCAGCGGACCAAUCAAACCACAGCUGGUCUACUGCAACAUGACAGAGGAGAACACAUGGAUGGGGAUCCAGCACAACAACACAGAGCUGACCAGACUCAGACCAUCUCCAGGUGUGAACCAACACUUAGUCCACUUUGACUACUCUACUGAGGAGGAGCAGCUAUCGGCCGUCAUCAGUCAAUCAGAGCACUGCGAACAGGAGCUGUCCUACCACUGCAGGAAGUCCCGCCUCCUCAACACUCCAGAGGGCUCUCCGUUCAGCUGGUGGCGUGGUGGUCCCGGUCCCGGUCGUAUCCAGAAUUACUGGGGCGGAGCUCAGCCAAGCAGCCAGCAGUGUGCCUGCGGCCUGCAGGGCGACUGCGUGGAUCCACAACAUUACUGCAACUGUGACGCCGACCGCCUGGAGUGGAAUGAAGACUCUGGCCUGCUGACCCAUAAGGAGACCCUCCCCAUCAGGUCUCUGGUGCUGGGAGACAUCCAGAGGCCGGGGUCAGAGGCCGCCUACAGGGUGGGACCGCUCCGUUGUCAUGGAGACAAAAACUUUUGGAACGCUGCGUUUUUCGACAAGGAAACGUCGUACCUCCACUUUCCCACCUUCCACGGAGAGCUGAGCGCAGAGAUCUCCUUCCUGUUCAAAACCACGGCCUCCUCUGGUGUUUUCCUGGAAAACCUCGGCAUCAAAGACUUCAUCCGGAUCGAGCUGAGCUCCUCCACUCAGGUUGUUUUCUCCUUCGACGUUGGUAACGGGCCGCUGGCGGUUCACGUGGAGUCCAACAUCCCCCUGAAUGACAACCGGUGGCACCGAGUUCGAGCUGAGAGGAACGUCAAGGAGGCGUCUCUUCGACUGGAUGAGCUUCCUGUCGCCACACAGGAGGCUCCUGCUGAUGGACACUUUCACCUACAGCUCAACAGCCAGCUGUUCAUAGGAGGCACAGCGUCCAGGCAGAAGGGAUUUCGGGGCUGUAUUCGUUCUCUGCAGCUGAACGGUGUCACCCUGGACCUGGAGGAGAGGGCGAAGAUCACGCCAGGGGUUCGACCCGGCUGCCCCGGUCACUGCAGCAGCUACGGCUCGCUCUGCCAGAACCAGGGCCGCUGUGUGGAGAGAGCCAGUGGCUUCCACUGUGACUGUGGACUGUCUGCCUUCACUGGAGUCUUCUGCCACACAGAGUUGUCUGCCAGCUUCAAGUCGGAAACAUCUGUCAGCUACACCUUCAAGGAGCCGUACGAGUUAAGCAGGAACAGCAGCGCUCUGCCGUCCUCCAUCUACUCUGACAUGACCCUGAGAGGAGAGAACAUCUCCCUGAGCUUCAGGACCAACCAGAGUCCCGCUCUGCUGCUUUACGUCAGCUCCUACUACAGAGAAUACCUGGCUCUGCUCAUCAACAAGCACGAUAAGCUGGAGGUGCGAUACAAGCUGGACAGCAGCAGAGAGGCUGAAGUGUUGAGGAGCAGAGUGAGGAGUCUGGCCAACGGACAGCUACACACUGUUACCAUCAGGAGACUGACGGACUCUGUGUCUCUGCAGAUCGACCAAAAUGCCAGAGAAGACUUCAACCUGACAUCUGAUGGAGAAUUCAACGCCAUCAAGUCUCUGGUGUUGGGCAAAGUGCACGAUUCUGAUGAGUUGGAUCCAGACCUGGCCAGGUUGGCAUCUCUGGGUUUUACCGGCUGUCUGUCGGUGGUCCACUUUAACUCCAUCAGCCCUCUGAAAGCUGCUCUGCUCCACCCGGACACAAGCCCUGUCGUCAUCACCGGACCACUGGUCCAAUCCAACUGUGGCUCCUCGGCUUCAGCCAAUCCCUACGCAGCUGAGAACACACACCACCUGUCAGGUAAGAAGGGAGAAUCGGGUUCAGGUCAACCUUUAGUCAAUGCCAUCAGGACUGACUCGGCUCUGAUUGGAGGUGUAAUAGCGGUAGUUAUCUUUGUGAUUGUGACCGUCCUCGCAAUAACCGCCAGAUUCCUCUACCAGAGAAAAGAGACAUAUCGAAACCAGGAAGUGAAGGAAGUCAAACAGGAGGACAGCCAAGAUUUCCCUUUUAACAACCAAACUGACUCCCAGAAUGCCUCCAGUGAAAAUCCAAAGGAGUAUUUCAUUUAA